CCGCAUUCCACAAACGUCAAAACUAGUCCACUAACCAGCAAUUUUUGCAAACUUUUGCGCAUUACGACAUGCUUGUAUUCCUUUAAAAAUGCUUACCAAAGUGAUCCAACGGGCUCUAAAAUUCCGUUGUAAACGGAGCUACCCGACCAACAUCUACGAUAUUUCUCGCGGCUCUGCCUUCGCGAUACGUCGCCCUUACAGCGAUGAAGUCAAGAAAGCACAAGUACAAAGUGUGGCGACGCCGGGCCCGACGAUUUUCGACAAGAUUUUGGCACGCGAGAUAAGUGCGGAUAUAAUAUAUGAAGAUGAUUUGUGUAUGGCGUUUAAUGAUGUAUCUCCGCAGGCGCCCGUCCAUUUUCUAGUUAUUCCUAAGAGGAGGAUACCAAGGCUGCAAGAUGCAGAAGAAAGUGAUAAAGAGCUCCUUGGGCACCUGAUGUCCGUGGCCCGCGCGCUAGCCACUGCGCGCGCGCCGCUCGGAUGGCGCCUCGUGGUUAACAACGGCCGAGAGGGCGCUCAGAGCGUCUACCAUCUGCAUUUACAUAUUCUGGGGGGACGGCAGAUGGGCUGGCCACCAGGCUAAAAGGGAAGGAAACACUGUAGUGUAGUAGUGAUACAGCCAACAUUGUCAGGGUCGCCAUGUGAAGUGAAUUGUGGCUGUAUCAUUACAUUCAUUGCUAAGCUACCGCUUGGCUGGGGGGUAGUCGUCAACAGCGGGAGGGAGCGCAGAUCGUCUACUAUCUGCAUUUGCAUAUUCUGGGGGGACGGCAGAUGGGCUGGCGUCCUGGUUAAAAACAAUCCCAAAUGCUAAAAAUAAUGUGUCAAUUUGUCCAACCGAUUUUGGAUUUCUUCUGUCAUUUUACCAAAAAAUUGGUUCAAAAGCAGGAUGGCUGGGUAGAAUUCGCAAUGGAAUUUGUCGAGGAUAGUGCAGGGGUCGGCAAACUUUUUAGAAAAAGAGCCAAGCCCAGCAAAAAUCAGCAAUAAUACGUAGCUCAAAGAGCCACAAGCGUUGAUUUCGGUGGUCUAAGAACUCUCAAGUGUUCAUUUUUUGCGUGGCUUUAAAGAAACGCAAUUGUACCCUCAAAGAGCCGCAUUAGGGCUCGCGAGCCGCGGUUUGCCGACCCGCAUUUGCAUUAUCGCGUAAAUAAUAAAUGCAGUAAGGUCCAAUUUACCUUGUACAUUGUUUGAAUUCCGAACUCUUCCGACUAAUUCAAAACACACUUCAAUUCAAUUGUUUGUUGUUGUUCAAUUUUCAAUUGUUUGUUAAUUCGGCGGUAUUGCACUAUUCCCGACGAAUAAGUCAUUUUAGUUUGGGAUGUAAAAACAGAGCUUAGUAUAGUAAUGAUGUAGCCAGAUGUCAUGUCAGGGUCGCCAUGUAAAGAUAAUUUUGGCUACAUCAUUACUAUGUUUGUCGUCUGGCGACUUAUUGACAGCGGGAGGGAGAGCAGUGAAGAGGAGUAGUCGUGAAUGAAAACUUUUUAAAAUCAACACUUAACUGAUCAUGGAUGAACCUUAUGUGUUUGCAAUAAGGGAUACGAAUUAUCAGUUACAUAUGUAGUGUUUAAUCCUCUACCAACGUAUUUUCACGGAAACGCACGAACGUGUUGUUAUUUCAGUCAGUCUCACAGGCCGAGGUGCUCACAAAUGUCUGAACACGCCUCUGUUGUCAUGGCCCUAGGUGCGUGUUCAGAUAUUUUUGAGCACCUCGGCCGCUCCGAUAUAUGUGAUGGCGACUGUACAAAAGGCACUGAGGUUGACUGAAGUAGCAUGACAAAUACGAACGUUUCCGAGAAAACACGAUGGCAAAGGAUUGUGCAUCUGUAGUAGGUAAUGUGGACGAUAUUGAAACGCUCAACUUUUUGCAAUUAAAAGAUUUGUUGUGUUCACAAUGUAGGUAGUUAUAUAUAACCUGAACUUUGAAUUUGGUAAUAAAUGGCUUAUCUUUAUUUAUCUAAAGAUAUAGACUAUUAUUUAUAAUUUUGUUAAUAUUAUCCAAAAAUAUAUCAACAGAAAUAAACCUUACUGAUGGAGAAUUAAUUCGAAAUGCCACAGUAUGUAGGGGCGUAGAGAAAUAAGAAAGCAUAGAGUGCUCACUCCAUACAUCAGUUUUUUUACCAAAACGCUUAUUAUUUUCGUAGACGACAUCUAGCGUCAAGUAGCGGAAUUAUCAGUACUGACUCUACAAUAGAUGUCGCGACGAACGGAGUCUAAUGGUCAACAAGUUUCAGCUAAUAUUAUAACCGGAACUAUUUCCAACUCCUGCUUGUAAUAUUAGUCGUUAAUUGUUGAGCAAUACACUUCGUCAGUCGCGACACACGUGACAUCUAGUGUCGAGUAGCAGUACUGAUAAUUCCGCUACUUGACGCUAGAUGUCGACUACAAAAAUAAUAAGCCUUUUGGUAACAAAACUGAUCUAUGGAGUGAGCACUCUAUGCUUACUUAGUUCUCUAUGGUAGGGGUAAAAGUAUACUAGAUAUAAAUUUUGGAUUCUCUUUUUUUAUACGUCAACAGUUUCUGGUAAAUGAGGGCUAUCGUUUUUUUGCUCACCAGUUGGCGGCUCUGUUGACGGUGGUCCAAAAGACUAAAGAACAGCUGUCAGUCAUUGAAGUGACAAGUGACAUUUGACAUUUCGAACUAUGGAAAAGACCACCAUCUACACUAGCGCCCCUAGCGGCGAAUUCAUACGCGUUAGCCCUCAUUUCUUCUAAAGUAAUAUAAUUUUUGGAAGGCGAAUGAUAUUAUGUUUGUAAACGAAGCUGACCAAAAGAAAAUGUUUACCCAGUGUCAUAAAUUCGCCAUUAUAGAUAGUAAUUUAGUUUUAAUUUUGUGCAAUAAUUUGGCCAAAUUAGUUAAGGGUUAUGGAUUAUCUCAAAUUGUUAUCACGUUAAGGUAAGAUGUGAAGUUUUUCUCAAAUAGAUGUACCUAACCUAUUAUUUGACAAAUUUACUAAAACCUACCCACAGAAAAAUAUUAAAUGUAUUGGCGUUAAUGUAUAGUAUGAAUUGUCUCAAACGAUUUUUACGCCUAAGACCCUAGUCUGUUAAACAAAAGCCAUUGUUUCUUUUGUGCGAGCGGUUAUCUCUCGUAUCAGCCGUGCGGCAAAGAAACAAUGUCUUUUAAAAAGCAACUGUAUCGUGGUGGUUUUAAGGUUCAAGUCUAUGUACAUCUAACAUGUUUUGGCAAUGUAGGACGAUCGACCACCUCAAUGUAGGCGAGCUUUCAUAUUAUUACAUAGAUUUGAACCUUAAAACCAAUAAGAUACAGUAGCUUUUUAAACGACAUUGUUGCUUUGCCACGCGCUCAAAGCGGGAGCUGACCGCUCGCACAAAAUAAACAAUGGCUUUUGUUUAACAGAAUAGGGUCUUAGGCGUAAAAAUCAUUUGAUAAAAUUCAAACUAACUAGAAAAAGUAUUAUACAGUAUCACGUUAAGACGUCAAAGUAUGUAUUGCAGAGGGUAAAAUGUAGUCAUUGAUAUUUACGAUUUUCUAUAUUAUCCCCAUUUCGUUAUGCAUCUAAUAUUUUAGGAUUUUUCAGAAAAUUCAGUGUUAAAAAUCAACCAGAUUUUAUUUAAUCCACUACUAUCAUGCGUGGUUGCAGCUAUUUGAGACAAACUUACAAGAAAUGUGUGGGAUGCCACUGGUUGGUGGUAUACUAAAUAUGAAAGUACAAAAUGUAUUUUUUAGCUAUUACGCGUAUGGAUAAAAAUACAACACAUACAAUACAUUAAAUAGGUACAUUAUUUUGUACUUUUCACACCAUAACUGGAGAUACUUGUGAUCGUUUUGAAAUUGGUUGCCAAUUUUGAAAAUUUUAUUCGGCAUAUUUUCUUAAAUGAACAAUAUUUUUAUUAUACCGAAAUGACCUCACAGCCAAAUGAAUUUGAAUCUCGCAAAAUUUAGAAUAUUAUAAAAAAAACUAUAAAUGAAGAGUGUAAAAGUUUGAUAAGACAAGAAUUCUUUCUUUUAUCUUAUCUUAUAAAUUUGAAUAAAUUAUUCUCAGUAUAUUAUGUAUAAAUUACGAAAAAACACAUUAAAUGUAGCCAUUUUAACUCUAGUCACAAAUAUCCUCUAGUCCGCUUUUGUACAUUACCGAUCUAUUGAUGAUCUAUCGAAUAAAAAUCGAUGAUCUAUCGAUUGGUAUGGUAACACUUAGUAUACUUCUCAAACUGUGGUAUCUCAAUACUUAGAUAUUCCUAGUGUUAUUUUUAAAUAUUAUUAAAUGGUGUUUGGUUUAUAAAUUUUGCAAUUGGUAACCAUAGUGGGGUCCCUUUGUUUGACAUAAUUAUUGAAAGUCAUAAUGUAAUGAUUGUCAUAUUAUCAUUAGUCAUAAUUCUGAAACCGUUAACUUUUCAGGAUUUUCCUCGGGUUAUCCUAUAGAUAGGUUAGGUUAGGUUUGUUUUAUGGCAAUCCUGAAAAGUUACGCGUUUCUGAGAAAAACCAAAUUAUGACUAAUUAUAAUAUGACAAUCAUUACAUUAUGACUUUCAAUAAUUAUGUCAAACAAUAGAGACCCAACUAUAGUCCUUAAGUACAACUAUGGUCCAGUUUUUAACGUUGAUUCUUAACGAGCCUAUGAUUUGUACUCGUUACAUUUAUUUUGGAGCUUAGAUACACUCAAUAAUUAUAUACUCAACAUAAUUACACCACCACCUUACAGAAACCCGCAGCCAAAUAACACUAGACCCUACUAAUAGUGUUGUGUUCCUGCCGGUGAGUAAGGUUGCCAGAGCUCGAGGGAGAGAGGAGUGUUAGGGUCGGCAACGCGCAUGUAACUCCUCUGGAGUUGCAGGCGUACAUAGGCUACGGAGACUGCUUAACAUCAGGCGGGCCGUAUGCUUUUUUGCCACCGACGUAGUAUAAAAAAAAAUUGAAAAAUACUUAUACAUAUUUUAGUGGAACUUUAAUUUGGACCAUAGUUGAGUUGUGGCCUAAAGUUACCUGAUUUUACGUUACUUACGAGUAGUUUAUUAAAUUUUAAAUGGUAAAACUUUAAGCCGAAGCCUUAUAAGAAAAUUACGUUUUUUUUGACAAAUAUAACCUAAAUUUGCCUAUACUACAUACAACUAAAUAUACCUACCGCGUUUACAACUUUAUUACAUCAUAUUAAAAAUAUUUGCUGAUUUGAAAUAUUUAAAUCAAUAUUGAAAUCACGCAUAUUUGACUAUGACUUUAUUUUCUGUGUCGGCUAAAAGUUACCUUAAAAUUUUAAACUAGUGCCUUAUAUUCAUGUUAUUAAUUAUUUAAUUACUGUUGUAAUUAUCGUCGGCCGUCAAGUAUGGCAAAUUAACGUUUUCUUUUACCUUUAACAUUGAACAAGUUUUGGAAACAUAUCAAAUUAUAUUUGGAUUUAUGUUUUUUAAAUCAAAUCAAAAUUCAAAUCAAAUCAAAAUUUAUUAAAUUGUAAACAUAGGUUAAAUAUAGGUCUUAUACAAUAAUUUAUGUUUCACUAUGUUUUGCCAUUUGGCAUACAAACGAACGAAAGAAAACGAAAGUGAUAUGUUAAAUGUCAAACAAAAUAAGAGUGUACAUAAAACUAAAACAACUUAAAUUCAAAAUAUGUCGAGUAAAUAUUCCAUUAUCGAAUAGUAUGCUUUUUGUACCAAAAAGUCAUACAGGCAUUUCUUAAAUUCAGUUACAUUAUCUAUUGCAAUAAUAUGUUUUGGCAACUUAUUGUAUAUUUUGGGUAUUAAGUAGUCAAACUACUAUAUACCGGGUGUUUCCUGUAACAGGAGCAUUAAAUUAAACUGGAGGCUGUACUCCUCAAACUGACCAACAUUUGGUAUACAUUAUGAACUGUAACAGAUGUCAUAUAUUAAAGAAAAAAUCCGGCCUUCACCACUGGAGGGCUUCGUCACUUUUUUCUUUAAUAUAUGACAUCUGUAUGUACUUUAACAUUGAAUUUAAGAUCAGAUGGGGUAAGAACACUUCGGAAAAAUCGGCCAAGUGCGAGUCGGACUCGCGCACCGAGGGUUCCGUACUUUUUAGUAUUUGUUGCUAUAGCGGCAACAGAAAUACAUCAUCUGUGAAAAUUUCAACUGUCUAGCUAUCACGGUUCAUGAGAUACAGCCUGGUGACAAACGGACAGACGGAUAGCUGAGUCUUAGUAAUAGGGUCCCGUUUUUACCCUUUGGGUACGGAACCCUAAAAAGAGACACUUGUAUGUAAUCAACAUACUUUUGUCUUACCUACGGCAAAAUAAACUAUAUGUUCUCUUUACCUUAGUAAGUUUCACAUUCUUUUAAAAGGAGAAUAGUUUAUGUAACUUUAUAAUCAUGAAUUAGAUGUCAUAUAUUAAAGAAAAAGUGACGAAGCCCUCCAGUGGUGAAGGCCGGAUUCGAACCGGCGUCUUUAGCUAUCGCGGCUAACGCCAUGAACCCCUAGGCCACCUCGCAAAAACAAAUCAACAUAUUUAAUAAAAUAAUUUGAUUUGUUUUCAAAAUUUGUUUAUGUAACUUUCUUAAAAUUUCUUACUACACCAAACAUUGUCUAAAUUUAAAAAAAAACAGUGAUUUCCUAUCGUAAAUCUAAUUUUUAAUUCACAUUAUAAAAAUAUUAUUAACCCUUUAGCGGCGGCAACAUACUUGCCAUCAUACUUAAGGGGCCCACUGACUAUCAGUCCGCCGGACGAUAUCGGCCUGUCAGUUGUUCGGAACUGUCAAAUUUUUGUUCCAACUGACAGGCCCAUAUCGUCCGGCGGACUGAUAGUCAGUGGGCCCCUUUAAGAGUCUCCGGCAAGCUCGGUUCUCCAUACAAACGUAGUUACGCUCUCAUUUUAAAACGACUAGCUAGAUUGCUCUGAAACUUUGUACUUACAAUAGGAUAAGGUAUAUCUAGGUCUGUAAUUAGUUUAUGUAGCUUCAGAUACCCAAGUAAAAAAAAUACAGCGAAUUUAAUUCAUACAAAACUUGUUUUUGCUCUAUUUCGUUUGUUUUAUAUUUUUAUUUUUUUUAAGCCUACUAAGUGUCCCACUGCUGGGCAAAGGCCUCUCCCCUUGAUUUCCACGACUCCCGAUUUGGUGUUUCCUCCGGCCAGUUGUUCAGGAAGCUGUCCAGGUCAUCCCGCCAUCUCCGUUUGGGCCUGCCCCGUCCACGCCCCUCUACCGGCAUCCACUUGGUUGCAAAGCUAGCCCACCUCUCCUGAUGCAUGCGGUGGACGUGACCGGCCCAGUCCCAUUUGAGCCUAGUGGUUUUCUCGCCUACGUCAGCGAUGCCGGUUUUUGAGCGCAGCGUGGUUUAUAUACUAGAGCUAUAUAAACUAAUUACAGACCUAGAUAUACCUCAUGUCAUUGUAUGUGCUAAGUUUCAUUACAAUCCAACAGAUAGUUUUAAAAUGAGAACGAAACUCCGUUUGUAUAGAAGGUGAAAUUCGGCCAAGCUUGCCGGGGACUCUUAAAACAAAAACGCAUCUCAACUAUAAUAAUAACGGUUCGAAAUGACUAGAAAGGAAUGUCACAUAGACAGGUUAUUUAGGGAAUCACCCUUUUUCAAACUAGCCAACGUUAAGCAUGGUAGGCAAAGUUGUGGAACUUAACCCUUUGCCACAUUUGACGGUAUUUUAGUAUUAACCUCGUAAGGCCCAAUGUGCAUUACAAUGUACACUCUGUUUCAAUCUAAUUUGAACCUUGAAUUAAGUAGCAUAUUUCUUUUGUUUCAAUGUUUUCUAAAACAAACGAAAGUCACCCUAAUCUUCUAUACAACAAGGUUCAAAUUAAAAAUAGGGAAACUUUGUAUGGUGGGCCUUACGAGGUUAAACAAAUAGCAAUGCGUGAGUGACCCCGUUGCUAAAAGCAAUGGGUCGUGACAAGCGCAGGGGCGCGAUUCCACUUUACAUGCAUAUUACCGAUUCGUGACAUGGCUUAAACCAAAAUCUGCCAACGUUUAUUGUCCAUGUCACUAAAUUGGUCAAAUGGCAACACUAGUUGAAUAGCGCCACAGCGGUCCUGUAUGCACUUUAGCAAGUUGUUAAACUGUAAUACGAAGUUAAAUAUACGUUUUUAUUAUUCUA